GGCAGGAGGGCGGAUCCGGGUGGCCCCUCCUUCAGGGCAGACCCAGCUAUUGCUGGCUGCCCCAGCCUACACACACAGACCCAUGGCUCCUGACCCCAGCAGCCACUUGAGCCUGGUGCUGCUCACCUGCUAUCUCUCAGCUGCCCGGGCCGACCUGCUGGGCCUGGACUGGCUGUGGUCCAAGGCCACUAGCCCCCCGGCUACCCCAGCUGAGCCCCAGGGCCAUCCAUCUGUGCAGCCUACCGCACAUGUGGCCCCCUGGGAUGGCCCCACAGAGCGAGGGACAGCCCCCACCAGCCCUGAGCCGCCCCUGGAGCUGUUGGAAGGUGGCUGGACUGGGCCUCCCACCACCCCUGUUACUUCGAGCCCCGACAGGAGGGAUGAGAACAUCGCGGGAGUUGGAGCCAAGAUUCUGAACGUGGCCCAGGGCAUCCGGAACUUUGUACAGCUGUGGGAUGACGCAGCCCCCACUCAGAGUGCUGCCGCCCAUGGGAAGAUGCCAGCUGCUGAGCCCUCCACCCACCCUGAGCCCUCCAGCACUCCCUGGGAGGACGGGACCACUCCCCAGCCGAGCAGUGGUACCCGGAGCUCUCCAGGAGCCCACACGACUAGGACUGCAACUCUGCUUGCACCCACCCUGUCCACCUCCUUAUGGGGCUGGCCCCAGGCACUGCUCAGGGGGCCUUCAGUGUCACCCCUGUCCCCAGGUAGAGCGUCUCUCUCCGCCACUCCAGGCGGGGCUCCUCCCUGGGGAAGUAGGCAGCCCCUGGGGUGGCUACAGGAUCUGGAUGGCCGAGGAUUCUCACCUGUGGCAGCCGGUUCCAGCCAGCAGCACCCUGAUGCCCGCAGGCACACGCCGCUUCUGCACCCCCUGGUGAUGGGCUCCCCGGGCACACAUGCUGCUGUCUUCUCUGACUCCCUGGGUACAUGGUCUCAAACAGCAGUCACAGCUUUAAUUUGGGACGGCGGGGCUUGGGUUUCCUCCACCGCUGAUUCUGCUAAUCACUCUGCACCUCCUGGGACUGGCCGUUGCCUGCCCCUGCUGCCUUCUCUGCCCGCCUGUGGCCGCCUGGGCAUCAAACACUCCUGGAUGCCCAACCACCUCCAGCACCAGAGUGGCGAGGAGGUGCGGGCUGCUGCGCAGGCGUGGGGGGGCCUCCUCCAGACACGCUGUCACCCCUUCCUGGCCUGGUUCUUCUGCCUGCUACUGGCCCCCCCAUGUGGCCCAGCCCCGCCACCCGCCCCUCCACCCUGCCGCCAGUUCUGCGAGGCCUUGGAGGACGCAUGCUGGCGCCACCUGCACGGGGGCCAGCUGCCCGUGGCCUGUGCCGCCCUCCCGGCCCAGGAGCAUGGGUACUGCGUGUUCAUUGGGCCGGCUGCAGAGCAUGCUGUCACGGAGGUGGGGCUGCUACAGCUCCUCGGGGAUCCCCCACCUCAACAAGUAGUGCAGAUCGAGGACCCUGAGGUUGGGCUGGCCUACAAAUUUGGGCCAGAUGCCAACAGUGGCCAGGUGGCCCUCUACCAUGUCUCCAGCCCCUUCUUCCGAGACUUCUCGCUGCUGUUCCACAUACAGCCGGCCACAGAGGAUGCGGGGGUGCUAUUUGCCAUCACGGAUGCGGCGCAGACAGUAGUCUUGCUGGGCGUGAAGCUCUCCAAGGUGCAGGGCGGGCACCAGAACAUCGAGCUGCUCUACACAGAGCCGGGCACGGCCCAGACCCACACUGCUGCCAGCUUCCACCACCCCGCCAUGGUCGGCCAGUGGACCCACUUUGCACUCAGUGUGGACAGCAGCUCUGUGGCACUCUACGUGGAUUGUGAGGAGGUCCAGAGGAUGCCACUCACCCGAUCCUCGCGGGGCCUAGAGCUGGAGCCUGGCGCCGGCCUCUUUGUAGCUCAGGCUGGAGGAGCAGACCCCGACAAGUUCCAGGGGAUGAUCGCAGAGCUGAAGGUGCGCGGGGACCCCCAGGUGAGCCCCCAGCACUGCCUGGAUGAGGACGACGAUGACAUGGAUGGGGUGUCUGGGGACUUUGGCAGUGGGCAUGAGGAGAACCGGGAGCUGCCCAGGGAAGACACGGGCACGGCCCUAGAGCCCAGCCUCCCCAGGCCUCCCCCUGUCACUUCCCCACCCUUGGCUGGAGGUGGCAGCAUGGAAGAUUCCAGAACCAAAGAAACUGAGGAAGAAACCACAAUGGCUUCAUCAGGAGUUCAGACCCUCCCUGGCUCAGAUGCAGCUUCCAGGAGGGACGGGAGUGUUCAGAGCCCGGGGGGCUCCCUGAAGGAGGGAGGCCUGAAGGGGCAGAAGGGGGAGCCUGGUGCUCCAGGCCUGCCUGGCUCGAUAGGCCCCCCAGGUGCCCCGUGCAUGGUUGGACCUCCGGGCCUCCCAUGUCCCUUCAGCCCCCAGAGUCCCCAUGGACCUGUGGGCCCAGGGGCUCUGAGUCCAUAUGCACAGCCUGUCCCUGGGCCGCAGGGACCCCCAGGUCUCCCAGGAAAGGAUGGUGCCCCAGGGAAGGACGGCCAGCCAGGUGACCCAGGUGAAGAUGGAAAAGCCGGUGACAUUGGGCCACAGGGCUUCCCGGGGGCCCCAGGAGACAUGGGCCCCAAGGGUGAGAAGGGGGAUCCUGGGAUAGGAACGAGAGGACCUCCAGGACCCCAGGGGCCGCCGGGGCCACCAGGACCUUCCUUUAGACAUGACAGGCUGACCUUCAUUGACAUGGAAGGAUCCGGCUUCAGUGGUGACUUAGAGACCCUCCGGGGCCCAAGAGGUUUCCCUGGACCUCCUGGACCCCCCGGUGUCCCAGGCCUACCUGGUGAGCCAGGCCGCUUUGGGGUGAACAGCUCUGAUGUUCCAGGACCCCCGGGUCUUCCUGGUGUGCCUGGGCGGGACGGACCCCCUGGAUUUCCUGGACCCCCGGGGCCCUCAGGUCCUCCAGGAAGAGAGGGCCCACCAGGAAAGCCCGGACAGAAAGGCAGCCUUGGUGGCAUGGGUGUCCCCGGACCUAAGGGAAGCCUGGGAGACCCUGGUCCUGUUGGCGCCCCUGGGGAGAAUGGCUUGGCAGGAGCCCCUGGACCUGCUGGACCACCGGGCCUCCCUGGGCCCCCUGGGCCCCCUGGGCCUCCAGGACCAGGAUUCAUGGCUGGGUUUGAUGAUAUGGAAGGCUCUGGCGCUCCUUUCUGGUCGACACCCCGAGGCUCCGACGGGCUACAGGGACUGCCUGGCCUGCCCGGACUCAAGGGGGAUCCUGGAACACCUGGGCUGCCUGGAGCCAAGGGAGAAGUUGGAGCAGAUGGGGCCCCCGGGUUCCCUGGCCUCCCUGGCAGAGAGGGCUCCGCCGGGCCCCAGGGACCAAAAGGAGACAGAGGGAGCCAAGGAGAAAAAGGCGACCGCGGUCAGGAUGGAGUCGGGCAGCCAGGCCUCCCAGGGCCACCGGGACCCCCAGGGCCUGUGGUCUACGUGUCAGAGCAGAGUGGUGCUGUGCUGAGUGAGCCAGGGCCCAAGGGCCGGCCCGGCUACGCAGGCUUUCCCGGACCCGCUGGGCCUAAAGGUGACCUGGGUGCCAAAGGUGAGCAAGGCUUCCCGGGACCCAAGGGAGAGAAAGGUGAGCCUGGCAGCAUCUUCAGCCCGGAUGGCAGAGCCAUGGCCCCUGUGCAGAAAGGAGCCAAGGGAGAGCCAGGCUUCCGAGGACCCCCGGGUCCCUAUGGACGACCAGGGCACAAGGGAGAGAUUGGCUUUCCUGGACGGCCGGGUCGGCCUGGGAUGAACGGGUUGAAAGGAGAGAAAGGGGAGCCAGGAGAGCCCAGCGUGGCAUUCGGCAUGAGGGGAAUGCCUGGCCCCCCUGGGCCUCCGGGGCCCCCAGGCUCUCCCGGGACUCCCAUCUAUGACAACAACGCGUUUGUCGAGUCUGGCAGGCCUGGGCCUCCGGGAUCACCAGGGUUUCAGGGGCCUCCUGGACCAAAGGGUGACAAGGGAGAAGUGGGUCCACCUGGACCUCCAGGGCAGUUCCCAUUCGACCUUCUUCACCUAGAGGCUGAAAUGAAGGGGGAGAAGGGAGACAGAGGGGACACCGGACAGAAAGGCGAGAGGGGCGAGCCCGGGGGUGGUGGCUUCUUCGGCUCCAGCGUGCCAGGCCCCCCCGGCCCUCCAGGCCCACCGGGCUACCCAGGGAUCCCGGGCUCCAAAGGAGAGAGUAUCCAGGGUCCACCUGGCCCACCUGGACCUCAGGGACCCCCUGGCAUUGGCUACGAGGGGCGCCAGGGCCCCCCUGGCCCACCAGGCCCACCAGGGCCCCCUUCAUUUCCUGGCCCCUACAGGCAGACAAUCAGCGUUCCUGGUCCCCCCGGACCCCCUGGCCCCCCGGGCCCCCCUGGAAUCACUGGUGCCUCCGUAGGGGUGCGAGUCUGGGCCACGUACCAGGCCCUGCUGGACCAGGUGCAUGAGGUGCCUGAGGGCUGGCUCAUCUUUGUGGCCGAGCGGGAGGAGCUCUAUGUCCGUGUCCGAAAUGGCUUCCGGAAGGUUCAACUGGAGGCCUGGACGCCACUCCCAAGAGGGACGGACAAUGAGGUGGCCGCCCUGCAGCCCCCACUGGUACAGCUGCACGACAGCAACCCGUACCCCCGGCGGGAGCACCCCCACUCGACAGCACGGCCCUGGCGGGCAGACGACAUCCUGGCCAGCCCCCCGCACCUGCCCGCCCCCCAGCCCUACCCCGGGGCUCCACACCACAGCUCCUACAUGCACCUCCGCCCAGCGCGUCCCACAGGCCCACCUGCCCACACCCACCAGGACUUCCAGCCGGCGCUCCAUCUGGUUGCACUCAACAGCCCACUGUCGGGCGCUAUGCGUGGCAUCCGCGGGGCCGACUUCCAGUGCUUCCAGCAGGCGCGGGCUGCGGGGCUGGCAGGCACCUUCCGGGCCUUCCUGUCCUCACGGCUACAGGACCUCUACAGCAUCGUGCGCCGCGCUGACCGCGGGACUGUGCCCAUUGUCAAUCUCAAGGAUGAGGUACUGUUCCCCAACUGGGAGGCUCUGUUCUCGGGCUCUGAGGCCCCACUGAAGUCCGGGGCCCGCCUCUUCUCCUUUGAUGGCAAAGAUGUCCUGAGACACCCAGCCUGGCCCCAGAAGAGCAUAUGGCAUGGUUCGGACCCCAGUGGGCGCCGGCUGACCGAGAGUUACUGUGAAACGUGGCGAACGGAGGCCCCUGAGGCCACAGGCCAGGCCUCUUCUUUGUUGGCGGGCAGGCUGCUGGGCCAGAAGGCUGUGAGCUGCCACAGCACCUACAUCGUGCUCUGCAUUGAGAACAGCUUCGGGACUGCCUCCCAGUAGGCCUGCGUCCAGACAUGCACGGCUGGGAGGACGGGUGGCAAGGGCUAAAGCAAGCCCUCGCCAUGGACAGGGAGCAUCUGGCCAGCACCUAGGGACCUGGCUGGGGCAUGUCCCCAUGUAGAUCACAUUUUAUGUAAUCCUCAAGAAAUAAAAGGAAGCCAAAGAUUGUAUUUUUUAAAAAGUUUAAAACAGAAGCUUGAUGACAAGAUGCCCCUUUUCCUGGGGGACCCGGGAGCCCACAGGCCUGGCCUGGUCACCUGGGAGCGUUGUCUUCAGUGCCAAGUGGAGCCUCUCAGUCCACAUCAGACCACGGCUCCAUCUCAGCCAGAGGCCAGCUCCAAAUUCCUGCUCUGGGAGCCAUGCCCCUGACGUUGGGUUCCUCUGGGCCCUCACUCACUUGCCAGGCACUGACUCAGUUUUCUGCCUGGCACCUUCCUGUGCACAAUACCCAGACCUCUGCAAGGCACUGGGGCCAGGUCAUGCUCCGCAGGGCUCCCUUCUCCUCUGGAGCAGCUGCACCAGGAGCAGAGAACAGGCUCAGAUCACCAGGGUGCAGCACCUGCCUCUCCUCAGCCCUGGUCUGAGUGGGUUUCCAACUGUGGCCAGUCCCUAGCACCAUAUAGGGCUGAGAACAGACUCUGUCUGCUGCCCACCCUGGCAUUUGGGGCCUCUCUGCCCCUUGAUGGUCUCCCAAGUGACCCGUGUGUACAGCAGAGAGGCCAACCAUGGCCACAUCUGGCUGGGAGUCAGCAUGUGGCAGCUUCCUGUGUACCCCUCUUCCAGGGUGGAGUGCUUAACACUGACUCCUACCCAGCUAAACUCAAAGCAAUUCCAACAUGCCAGUUUCCUGAGUUUACCUGUGCAGAGCCACAGGGCUCUGAAAAUCCAGGGAGCAAAGGGUUAGCAGCCCAGGGGCCCUGGCCAGGGGGCGGAUCGUAACUGGCACUGCCCAGCCAAGUGCCAGGACAGAACAAGGCCAUGCUAAGGAGGCUAAGGCUGGUACACAGGGCAGUGAUUAAGAGGCCAGCAGCAUCUGUCCACACCAACACAUUGAUAGGUUGGCCAUGGACACAGGUCACCGACUGUCUCCUAGAAAGCCUAUUUUCCUCACCCUGCCAUGGGUCACUAAGGGCAGGCUGAGUGGCCACAGUGGUGCAACCUCAGUCCUCAGCCCGGUGUGCACAACAGUGCUAUUCUAUAGAGCAUGUGUGCCCAGGGCAGCACCCGGCUGACCACAGCAUGGCCAGCAUGGACCUGUCUCAGGAAUGCAGCAACCCUGUGGGGCUGGUUCUAUGGCAUGUGAGGCGUGAGUUCAAACAGAUACUGAAUAAAAAUGACCAUUACACUGA